AUGGGUAGCGCAAUUGCAGGCCGGGAGAAAGCAAUGGCGGCUGUGCGGGCCAUGUUCGAACGGUACAAGCUGCUUGCUGCCCAGAGGCCCAAAGACCACAUUGACUAUGACCGUGAAAUCAUGGAAAAUCUGAAGCUCAUAGACGCUGGACUUGAUGGCUCGGUUGUAUAUGACCUGUAUAUAGCCCCUAACUUCUCCAAUUUGAACAAUGUGAUGCACGGUGGCGCAGCUGGCGUCAUAUUCGAUAUGGCGACAACAACUGCUCUGUGCCCAAUUGCACGGCCCGGCUUCUGGGAGUUCAUGGGCGGCGUAACUCGCUCACUCAAUAUUUCCUAUCUAAAGGCAGUACCCAUAGGAACACAUGUUCGCCUGAAGAGCAGGGUGGUGAGUGUAGGAAAGCAGAUGGCCAUGAUUCGAGGUGACAUGACAAGCAUGGACGGAAAAACGACUUUCUGUACAGUUGAGCACCAUAAAGUGAACUCGCCGGUAUUACCAGAACAUCGUCAGGCUAGAGUACCUUGGGACGAUGAGUUCGAGAAGGAGUGGGGUGUCAAGACAGAUGGAGGCACUGAGAGCAAGAUAUGA